AUGCUCAUGGGCCUUGCGAGAUUUUGUUCAUUUAUGGUAUCAUUUUCUUUUUUUUUAUGUCAUCGAGUCAAUACUAUUUGCUCUGAACUGAAGGCGGGGGGGGGGAACCAUUCGGGCGGGUCAUCAGCAACAAAGACGAAAGACGAAAGUGUGAAUUUAUUGUAUUUUCUUUCUUUCUUUUUUUUCUUUCUUUCUUUCUUGCAUGCUUUCUUUCUUUCUUGCAUGCUUUCUUUCUUUCUUGCAUGCUUGCUUUCUUUCUUUUUGUGCAUAUAUGAUAUCAAUAUGUCUAAUUAUUACUGGAGUUCAUCUAUCACCCUUUCAUUUUUCUCACAUGCUUUCUUUCUAUCCUUCUUUUUCGCAUUAUUGGCGUUUCUUUCCCCUUUUUCGUCCUAUAGGUUUUUCUUGCUUUUUAUCUUUCUUCUUUUCUUUCAUUCUCUUACAUUGUUAUUUCUAUUAAUCUGUUUUCCUUUGUCUUUUUUCCAGAUUCCUUUGUCUGGUUUUAUUUUUUUUUAUCUUUUUUUUUUUUUUUUUUUUUUGUUUGUUUUUUUAUUUAUUACACACUUCUCCGUCAUACUGGAUUUUCUUUCUAUUUUCCUUCUCACCAUAUUUUCUCACAAUCUUUCCCCUUCCCUUCUCUUUCUUUCAUUCUUUUUUCUUUCUUUUUUAUGCAUACCUAAUAACUGUAUGUUCAAUUAUUACUUGAGUUUAUCUAUCACUUAUCACUCUCUUUCCUCUGUCCUUUUCUUUCUUUCUUUCUUUCUUUAUUUAUUUAUUUAUUCUUAUACAUAUCUAUUAUCUGUAUUUUCCAUUGUUAGUUAUGUUCCUCUGUCUUCCUUUCCUUUUUUUCCACGUACUUUUUUUUCCCUCACUUAUUCGGCAUACUGGAUUUUCUUGACAUCUCUCUUUUUUCACUAUAUUGUUAUUCUUUCUUCGCCUGUUUGUCGUGAUAUUGCUUUUUCUAAUUAUCCUCAAUAUUUCCUGUGCCCUUUACCUUUCUUUCUGUGA